AUGAAAAGAUCGCGAACAGUGGAUACAAAUGUCACCGAUAUACCGCGGAAUCAUAGUGCUGCCGAAGAGAAGACGUCUCAGAAGCAGCGCUGGUCUUUCGCAUUCCGUCGUCGCUGGUUUUCCAGUACAUCGUCGAAACUUUCGUCUCAGAAAAAUGCAGAACAUGUACGGGAAUCUGAUGAUGGCUUUCUUGUUGCACCCGCACGUACAACUCUCGGAGUACUGCCAACUGGUUUGCUAAUCGUUGAUGAUCUGUUUAAAAAUCUGCAUAUUAAUGUAGAUCUUUUUUAG